AGUGAUUGCAUAAAGUGAAACUUUAUUUUGAAGAUGUCUGAUACAGAAUCUGAAGAUAUUGAGAGCAUAACAGAAACAGACAGCGAAAAAUUACCGAUCGAACUGAGCAGGAAAAUAUUAGAAGCUGUUUUAGAAGAAGCAUCUAAUCAACUUUUCAUAUUAAAAAAUACAGGAGAAUGGCCCGAUAUUACCGAGGCUACUGUCAGGUAUAGGUCCAUACAUGAAAGGUUUAAAGAAAAUACCUAUCAACCUCUCACCAUUGAAGACAUCGAAGAAAAAACAAAAGAUGAGUUGAAAAAGAAAUGUAGCUUCAUUGCUGAGAGAAUAGACAUGUUGCUUACGGAUGUACAAGAGAAUGGCAGCUAUGAAAAUUUUGAAGAAAUGUUGCAAAUGUUUCAUCAGAUGUAUCAAGAUGAAGAAGACUUGAUAGAAGAUACGAAGUAUAGAGAAACUAGGGUCGUUCAACUGCAGGAAAUUUUGGAAAAAGAAUCAAGGAUAUUGACUGCGAAAAUUUCCGAUUAUAUGCAGAAAAUUGGCAGUCUUAAAGAUGGGAUUGAAGAUUUCUCAUCUGAGGCAUCCAUGAAGAUAAGAUACAUAACAGAUUUGAAAAAAGCUGAACAUGAAAUGGCAGAUAAACAGCACUCUGAUAUGGAACAAAAGUUGUUGAUCAAAAUAAAAACUACAGAGGGUGAUAUAAUGAAGGAAAUUCGUGUUCAUGAAGAACUCGUUACGUUUUUCAACCUGCUUCAAAAAGAGUUGGAAGAUGUUCUAAAUUCAUGGAAACUGCGAUAUACAAAGACGUUGAGUUGCUUGAAUAAAAAAAUAGAGGUAGAAACUGAAAAGGUCAGUAGUGUAGUCGCCGAAAUCAACAGAAUGAAAGAGUUGUAUGCUAAACGCGAAAUAGAGAUAAACGAUUACAAAGCUUAUAAGAAACAACAAGAAGAAAAGAGGCUACUGAAAAAGAAGAUGGAUGAUGCCGCCACGAAAAUUCAAGCUUGGUGGAGAGGAACUAUGGUCAGGAAAGGCUUUGGAAAGUAUAGAAAGAAGAAGGAUAAAAAAGGAAAGAAAAACAAAAAUAAAAAGUAAUUACAAAUUCAGUGCCUCAUUUUUUUAUCAAGUUAUAUUGCAAAAUUCAACCAUUUUUAAAGUAUUG